GAUCAAUAUUUUGAUGUAGUGAGAGCGGUGAGGAGAGGAGUCAUCUUUAUAGGUUAGAAUUAUUGUAAAGUCAUUAAAAAAUGAUUAUAGAAAAAUAAUUUUAGUGAUAGGAUAUCAAAUUAAAUACUUAUACAUUAAAUAUAUAAUUUUUUAGCAAAUUUUUCUCAACUCUCAAAUUUAUCUUACAUUUUAUGUUUGAAUAAAUGAAAAUGUAGUAGUUUUCUGGUAAAAAUACAUGUUUAUGGUUUGAUGGUUUUAUUUGCGAUGGAGAAUAUUUUAAACAAUACAUCUACAACCAACUCUGUAGAAAGUAAUUUUAAGAUGACCGAAAAAUCAAAGUCUUUUUCAACAUUUGGCACAGCUUUAGCUUGUAUAACUGGUGGUGCAGCCGUGUUAUUGACUGUUAUCAGUGCACCCUUUGUUUCACCAGCUCUACGAAGAAUCUGUUUACCCUAUGUUCCUGCUACAAAUGCUCAAGUGAACAAUGUACUGGAAGCACUUGUUGGUCGCAAAGGCCGUCUUAUUGAUUUAGGUAGUGGUGAUGGACGAAUAGUAAGUACAGUUUACAUUACAAUUCCUUAGCGAUGGCUUGAGGCGCGUGAAUAGAGCAGCCAAGGUUAAAGCAAAUACUAUUAAAUUCACUAAAUUUUAUUAUUCAUUUGAUUUUAGUUAAAAUUUUCGUUUCCAACCAAAGUAUAACAGUCGUGAGGCCCAUUGACGGCCUCAAUACGUAAUAUAUAUUAAGGCCGUCAAUAGGCCUUACGACUGUCAUAUUAUAUUCCUAUUUACGACAAAAAUUACAUAUUCAGGCGAGGUGGAACCUUCCCGCAAUGGACUCCCACAAAUAAAAGCCAUAAGAAUGUACUUGUUUUAUUGGAUUUCCAAGUUUUCAUGAACGUUCUGGCGUCAGAAGAACUGGAAGUGUUGCUACUAUAUUGGUUUACGAUUCAUAUAUCUAAUAAAUCAUCGAAUCCAAUGAAUUUUAUAGGUUAUGUGCUCCAGCCACGACGGCUUGAUACUUACUUGAUACUUGAUGUCUGGGUCGUUGACUGGGGGUUCCAGAUAGACCGCGUCGUAGUCGUGCAUCCAGCCGGGUUAUCCGACAGGAAAAAUCUGGAAGCUCUUCUGAUUGCUUGUCAAUCGUGUUCGUGGAACUUUCAGGAUCCUUGCUGACCGUGUAUUGUAGUUGUGAACCUCAUUCCUCCUUUUCAUUUGUUCAUUAUUCUUCUAUACAUACAUCAAUGCAACGAAAAUAUAUUGGCUGUAAACAGUCAUUAUUUGAAGCUUUCUGAACAGCGGCCUGCAAUGUUCCAAAUGAUUGGAGAGUAUCCUGACGACGCGCAAAUAAUCAAUUCAUAAUGAGUUGAUUCGUUAUUUUUUUAGGCAGUAUUAUAUAUUUCAAAUAUAUUUAUCUAGCCUAUAUAAUAAGAGAGAGUAGGGUUGUGUUUGUUCGCAUCAAAACAUGUCAACUUGUGGAUUGCAUACCGGAAAAACUGGAAUGAUUUAGAUCUCCAAAUUUUGCACAUAGAUUCUAAAAAUAUCAAUCUUAUGCACCUCGAAGCCCAAAUUUCAAUUUUCCUUCUAGAUUUUCCGUAAUUGAUGAUAAAAUUUCAUUUAUGGGACAUACGAUUUCAUACAGCGAAUUCACCAAAUCAUAUGAUAGAAAUUAAAAAAAAACAGCUAUUUAUUAUUGCUUUCUACCUGAUU